AUGAACACCUUCCUGUUGCUGGCUCUUGUCUUCUCCGUUCUUCUGCUGUCGCACGCAUCACCUGCCCUUCAAACACCACUUACUGAGGAGCAAUUGGCAGAAGCCAGGGAUGCUAUUUCCAAUCGUGUGAAACGUUGGGGAGGAUGGGGCUGCUGUGGCGGUGGUUUCGGUUUCCCAGGAGGAUUUGGUGGAGGCAGCUAUGGUAACUCGUACGGUAUGAGCUCUAGCUACAGUAUGAAUGCGUACAACGGCGGCUAUAACAACGGAUUCUUUGGAGGAUGGGGAAAACGAUGA